AUGCGCCACACGCCCGACAACGGAACCCGGAACUUCGAUUCACCAACGUACUCUAUUACCCCCAUUUACGAUUCAGAUCGAGCGGCUGACCUCUUGAUUACGAUUACUCUCACUAGCCUGCGAACCAUCCACCACCCACACGAAAGAAACACACACAGACAACAGCCCGCGAGUAUGGCGCCGUCGCUCGAGCAAGCCGAGUCGGUGGACGACGUCCUCGCCAACCCGCUCAAGCAGAAGCCGCAGCUCGUCGCGCCCGAGCCUGCGCACUGCCCCGGGCCCGAAUCCGAGCAGGCCGGCGCCGCCGACUCGUGCGCGGGGUGCCCGAACCAGGCCGUGUGCGCGUCCACCGCCGCGUCCGCCAAGAUCCCCGACCCGGACCUGCCCGUCAUCGCCUCGCGGCUGUCCGGCGUGCGCCACAAGAUCCUCGUGCUCAGCGGCAAGGGCGGCGUCGGCAAGAGCACCUUCACGUCGCUGCUGGCGCACGCGUUCGCGACGGACCCCGCGCGCGCCGUCGGCAUCAUGGACACGGACAUUUGCGGGCCCAGCAUCCCCAAGAUGAUGGGCGUCGAGGACGAGACCGUGCACGUCAGCGGCUCCGGCUGGUCGCCCGUCUGGGUCAUGGACAACCUCGCCGUCAUGAGUAUCCAGUUCAUGCUGCCGGGGCGCGACGAGGCCGUCAUCUGGCGCGGGCCCAAGAAGAACGGCCUCAUCAAGCAGUUCCUCAAGGACGUCGAGUGGGGCGACCUCGACUUCCUCCUCGUCGACACCCCGCCGGGCACCAGCGACGAGCACCUCAGCGUCAACACGUUCCUCAAGGGCAGUGGCAUCGACGGCGCCGUCGUCGUCACCACACCGCAGGAGGUCGCGCUGCUCGACGUCCGCAAGGAGCUCGACUUUUGCCGCAAGGCUGGCAUCCGCGUCCUCGGUCUCGCGGAGAACAUGAGCGGUUUCGUGUGUCCCGGCUGCAAGCACGAGAGCCAAAUAUUUAAAGCUAGCACGGGAGGCGGCCGCGCACUCGCCGAGGAGAUGGGCAUCCCGUUCCUCGGCGCCGUCCCGCUCGACCCUCGCAUCAGGAUGGCCUGCGACUACGGGGAGAGCUACUUUGAUUCCUUCCCGGAUAGUCCGGCUUGCAAGGCCUUUCAAGGGGUGGUGCGCAAUUUAGCAGAGCAACUAGGGCUGGAUUCACAGGACAUGUUACCGGAAUGA